ACCCGUAAACCUCCUCAAUCCUCGUAUAUCUACUUGUUCUUCUUCGCUUUCUCAUAAUUUUCAAAAGCUCACUUCAAGGACAAAACAAGAAUGGCACUAGUAGAUGUGAAAAUGAGCCGUCUUUUUAGCUGGGACUCAUUCAGCAUAGAAAAUGAGUCAAAUCUCUGUAUGCUUGCAGUUCUAGCUUCCCUACUCCAGAGACUUGUAGCAAGGAACGAAAGGCUACUGUUUUCUUCCGGUAAAAGCUUCUCUACAGAGAAUUUAUGUGUUUUUGCUGCGCUGCAAGUUCCUGAAAUGGGCAUAGAAAAGUUCCUUGAAAGGAUCUUCAAGUAUUCUCGCUGCAGCCCUUCGGCAUUUGUUGUUGCAUAUGUUUAUAUAGAUCGUCUGAUUCUCAACAAUCCAAGCUUUCGUAUUACAUCUCUUAACAUUCACAGGCUGGUCAUCACCAGUGUCAUGGUCGCUACCAAAUUUCUGGAUGACUUGCAUUGCAACAACGGCUAUUUUGCAAAAGUGGGCGGCUUGACACUCGAGGAAAUGAACAUUCUAGAAGUUGAAUUUCUCUUCAUGCUGCGUUUCAGAUUGCAUGUUACAGUGAGCGUGUUUGAGAGUCAUUGCUCACAUUUUGAAAGAGAGGUGGCGUUGGGCGGAGGUAUUCAGAUUGAGAGAACUCUUCUGUGCGCUUCUAGAAAAGAAAUAUCCAAAUUAUGGAGGCAAGACAUUUGGAAGGUGGUGGGGCAGAGACUUGUCAUGAGCUCCAGAUGUGCAGGAUGCUAAUGCAAGCUUAAUAAUGGUGUCAAAUCGACUAUUACAUAUGUUUAAACAAGGUGUAAUUAGUACAUAAUAAGCAAGCUCAGUUAUAGUGAGAGGUUGGUUAGAUAUUUGUCCACCUACCCUAGUUAAUCUCUGACAUGUAUAAAUGAGCUCUUCAAAAGCAGUGUGUUUUUAAUAUUAGAAUUGCCCAAAUUUUUUUGCUGUACGGUUUGUUGAUGCACUCCAAGCUCUCUGGAUUGAAUCUAGGUACACGUUUUUCUAUGGAAAUUUUAAUGCCUGGUCCACAAGUGAAAGAAAUCGUGUGGAAUACUGUAAGCCAUUCGUGCAAUCUCACACAAAUGUCUGGUGUCCAAAAAGCUUUUGCUUUUUCCAAAGGUAUAUUCCAAGAAAUUAUUAAAGCUCUGAAAUAACUGCGUAGGGUACCGUGUAUAUUCAU